AUGAGUUUUUGGAGAGAAGAUACCGUUGAGGAUUCGUCAUGUGCUUUUUGUCACAUAAAAUUCCCAACUUUCCGACACUCAUUGCAAUCUGCGGAAACGCUUCGAUGUGGAGUGAGCGUUUGUUUGAAUUGUUAUUGGGAACAUUACAUGAUCAAUGGAAAGCACAAGGAUCACGAAUGUCCGAUGGAAUGUUUGAGAUUGCCAAUGGAGCUGAAACAUCGUCGUUUCCUUUGUCCACCGAAAAUCAUUGGAUGGCUGAAUGAGAGGUCCUGUCAACCGCCAAAGUGUCAACAAUGCUAUCAAGAAUACUCGCUGACCAAUCCAUCGCAACUCCCUUACGCACUGCCGUGUAAUCAUUCGAUUUGUCAUCAAUGUGUUCAAUGGUCAAAGUAUAAAUCUACAAAAAAGAGCUGGAAAGUCUUUUGUCCGGAUUGUUCGAAUGAUUUCGAGAUUUGGCACAAAGAUCCGACUGCACAGAGGAAUCGAUUAAAGUACUCUUUACAACACCAUGAGGAACUCCUUGACAAAGCUGAGCGUUUAUGGAGACAAGAGACUGUGAGAAAGGAACGAAAGAUGAGAGAGAGAUUCGAAGAUGCUUUGGCUCAAUGCACAUUUCUGAAAAAUCAUCUCCCAAAUCAGUUCAACAAAAUUCUCGAUAAAAUUGAUUUUUUGGAGCAAAAUCUUUCGAAUCUCCGAGAGAAAUACGACUUUUUCUUCAAUCAAAGUCGGCAAGGAGAAGAUGAUUUCAAUCAAAUUCUGGACGAUUUUCAAGAGUUUUUGGAACAAUGUUUUGCUUCAAUCAAGGAUUUAGAGAUAAAAGCUGAGGAGCUUUUCUCGAAAUUGCACAUCACUGACCCUGAGAAAAGCGAUUGG